GAAAAAUCCGCAGUCCAGCACAGCAAAUCAACUGCAGCUGCACGGCGAAAGUCUACAGAGUUGCCUUUUCGGGGAAGGAGAAUCCGGCGUUCCCUUUACCCAUCCCACCAUUAUUCAAGCCCGAUCGAAACGCCGAAAGCCACCCGGCCGGCAAAGAUGGUGUCGUACGUCAACAUCCUGCUCUACGGCGUCGGCGGCAUAGUCUUCGCCGGGAUGGCCUUGCUGGUCGCCUUUCAAGAGCGCCUCGUAUAUGUCCCCGUCGUCCCUGGUCUCACCAAGUCCUACACGAUUACUCCCGCCCGCCUCCGUCUCACUUACGAGGACGUCUGGCUCCGAUCCUCCGAUGGCGUCCGCCUCCACGCCUGGUUCAUUAAGCUCUUCCCUGACUGCAGAGGUCCAACCAUCCUUUUCUUCCAGGAGAAUGCAGGAAAUAUUGCUCAUCGUCUUGAAAUGGUCCACAUAAUGUUACAGAAGUUGCAGUGCAAUGUGUUCAUGCUUUCUUACCGUGGUUAUGGAGCGAGUGACGGAUCUCCUUCUCAGCAUGGAAUUACAAAGGAUGCUCAGGCUGCAUUGGAUCAUCUCUAUCAGCGGAAUGAUAUUGAUACUUCGAGAAUAUUCGUUUUUGGGAGGUCACUGGGAGGUGCUGUUGGUGCCUUACUUACAAGAAACAACCCUGAUAAGGUUGCUGGCAUUAUACUGGAAAAUACUUUUACAUCUAUUCUGGAUAUGGCAGGAGUUCUGCUCCCCUUUCUGAAGUGGGUUAUUGGAGGAUCUGGUGCAAAAGGUGUUAAAAUUCUUAAUUUUGUCGUACGUUCUCCAUGGAACACCAUCGAUGUCAUUGGCCAGGUUAAGCGACCAAUUCUUUUCCUCUCGGGGUUGCAAGAUGAGAUGGUUCCUCCAUCUCACAUGCAGAUGCUUUAUGCCAAAGCAGCUGCUCACAACAAGGAAUGCACUUUUGUUGAAUUUCCUUCGGGAAUGCACAUGGAUACCUGGUUGGCUGGUGGGGAUCAUUACUGGGCAACUAUUGAGCAGUUCCUUGAAAAAUAUGCUCCCAGGAAUGAUGAAACUGAUUCUUCAAGCAGUGGCGUAGGCAGAUUCUGAAGGAAGAUGACUCGUUUCGAUCUUGAAUUUUGAGAUGACUCACUGGAGGACCUGAAAAGUGUAUGUAUGUUUUCUGUUUGAAGUUGCAGCAACUAAAAGCUCAAUAUGAGUGAGGGCUUGCAAUGGCUGCUUAUUGGGAAAAGAAAAAAUGGGAUAAACCAUACCCUGGUCUUCCAACUUUGGCGGGUUGUUAUUCAUUAGGAAACAGGAGGCAGUAGAAAGCUUACCUCAGUAGUGAGUUCCCUUUGGUAUAAUAUAGUUUUGACACAUUACUAUUUAGUCUCUAUAGGUAGUCGCUUUCUGACUUCUUAUUGUUGUAUGCAAAUACUUCUAUCUUCAUUCUUUCCCCAGAAAGAGAAAAAAGAAAAGCAGAAAAUGGGUUUGU